AUGUGGAACGCGACGCCCAGCGAGGAGCCGGAGCCUAACGUCACUCUGGACCUGGACUGGGACGCUUCCCCCGGCAACGACUCGAUGACUGACGAGCUGCUGCCGCUCUUCCCCGCGCCGCUGCUGGCGGGCGUCACCGCCACCUGCGUGGCGCUCUUUGUGGUGGGCAUCUCUGGCAACCUGCUCACCAUGCUGGUGGUGUCCCGCUUCCGCGAGCUGCGCACCACCACCAACCUCUACCUGUCCAGCAUGGCCUUCUCCGACCUGCUCAUCUUCCUGUGCAUGCCGCUGGACCUCGUCCGCCUCUGGCAGUACCGGCCCUGGAACUUUGGCGACCUGCUCUGCAAACUCUUCCAGUUCGUCAGCGAGAGCUGCACCUACGCCACGGUCCUCACCAUCACGGCGCUGAGCGUCGAGCGCUACUUCGCCAUCUGCUUCCCGUUGCGGGCCAAGGUGGUGGUCACCAAGGGCCGCGUGAAGCUGGUCAUCCUGGUCAUCUGGGCCGUGGCCUUCUGCAGCGCGGGGCCCAUCUUCGUGCUGGUGGGCGUGGAGCACGAGAACGGGACCGACCCUCGGGACACCAACGAGUGCCGCGCCACUGAGUUCGCGGUGCGCUCUGGGCUGCUCACGGUCAUGGUGUGGGUGUCCAGCGUCUUCUUCUUCCUACCCGUCUUCUGCCUCACCGUGCUCUACAGUCUCAUCGGGAGGAAGCUGUGGAGGAGGCGCGGCGAUGCGGCGGUGGGCGCCUCACUCAGGGACCAGAACCACAAGCAGACGGUGAAGAUGCUUGCUGUGGUGGUGUUUGCCUUCAUUCUCUGCUGGCUGCCCUUCCAUGUGGGAAGAUACCUGUUUUCCAAGUCCUUCGAGCCCGGCUCUCUGGAGAUUGCUCAGAUCAGCCAGUACUGCAACCUUGCGUCCUUCAUUCUCUUCUACCUCAGCGCUGCCAUCAACCCCAUCCUGUACAACAUCAUGUCUGAGAAGUACCGGGUGGCCGUGCUCAAGCUUCUGGGGUUGGAGUCCUUCUCGAAGAGAAAGCUCUCCACUCUGAAGGAUGAAAGCUCUCGGGCCUGGACAAAGUCGAGCAUCAACACAUGACAGCACAUUGAAGCACUGUCAUCGCUUCCUGCUCCACACCAGAAGCCAUAGCCAAGCAGGACUUGGGAGGAAGUAGAAAGUCAGUUUAGGAUUAGAGACACAUGGAUCUGGAAACAAUUGGGGGCGGGCAGUAGAGCCAGAAGGGUAGGGUCUGUGCAGUUUGAUCUGAUUGUGCACUCAUCAGAGUGCUCAUGUGCCAUCCCUGCACACUGUGUCUAUGAUUUUGACAGCUUUUCCACUCAGAGGAAGGAGGAGACACAGACUGGGCACCGUCUUUCCUUCUUAGUGGGUAAACACUAACCUCAUUUGCUUUUCUCAUCAUAAUAAAAAUGAAAUAACAGC